AUGUAGACCACGAUCCACAUGAGUUGUCUCCAGUCUGCGCGUUUAAUUGUCUGUCUCCCAAAUUCUCUGGUCAGAUUUCUGGGGGUUAAUCUUCAGGUUUUGUAUCAUCAUAGCGUCAUUGCUCCAAACAUUCUCAAUAUGGCAGUGGAAACUUUAACGGCACCAAAAUUUAAGGAACAAGACCUCCAGUUCUGGCAGUUGAUGAUUGCUGGUUCAGUUGCUGGUUCCGUCAAGCACACGAUGUUUCCUGUUCGCAUCAUUAAUCAACGUAUCAUUAAUCGUUCGUAUUCGCAAAGACAUGUCGGAUUCCGGCAGGCUUUGCGUUCGGUAAUCCAAACGGAAGGACCAUCGGCUCUGUACUGUGGGAUAUGGUCUAUGAGGCAUGGAGCCAUGGGACCCGCUCACUUCAUUUAUUUCUCCUUCUACGAAGUAUCCAAGAAGUUCUUGUCUGCCGGGAAUCCAAACAACUCUGUGGUCCAUGCGAUUUCCGGCGCCUUCGCGGCUGUAUGGAGUUAUGCCGUUUCAACUCCCGUGGAUAUGGCGAAGCUGAGGCAGCAGAGUGGGUUCGGGAACUACAAAGGCGUCUGGGAUUGCGUCAAAAGGGUGACUUGUGAGGAAGGGAUCAGUAGGUUCUACACUUUUUACAGAACGGGGAUUCGGAUGAAUGUGUAUUCUUCUGCCGUUCAUUUUGUGACAUACAAGGCAGCCAAGAGGAAACUGGUAGAGAUAUCACCGAAAAAGAAGGGUUGGUGGUUGGUUCAUGCCACUGCAGGAGCCACCGCCGGUGGAUUGUAUAGAAUCAAACACAAUAUAAGAACAACUCUUUAAAGAAUAACUCUAGAAUUCAAAGUAGAGAUUAAGAACACAAAGCUUUAAAGAAUAACUAUCUUUAUUAAUCUCAAGAACUCAAACUCUCAAACAAACUCUCUUUCUCAAAAACCUUAAACACAUAAAACUCUCUAUCUCAAUCUCAUAAGCUAUAUCACAACUCGAUAUAUGCUUAUAUAGCCACAACCUCUAAACCUAAUCAUAACUCAAUUAGGAUUACAUAAUAUUCUCUAGAUAACUCCUAAAGAAUUAGUCUUUAUCUCUUCAAUAAACCGACAUCUUGCAGUUUAAGUAACCUCCGGUUUAAGCCUCUUUCAAGCUUAAACCAACAGAUUGGCAGUUGCUCUGACUUGGCCGCUGGGUAUUAUAAGGAUGACGCUUUCUCAGCCAACGGACCCUUCUAAGGUGAUUGACCCACAUCUGAACAUUUCUUUGAAGGUUGUGGAUUAUUUAAGGAAAACACACACACACACACAAAAUGUAAAAGCAAAAACAAAAGUAGACAAUGAACGUAAAUAUCAGCAAGUUAAUGGCGUAAAUAUUGAUGUUGAGAGUGUUUAAUAAAAGGGACUUUAAGAUGUGUGUAACUAACUAAUUGAGCUGGCCAGACAUAGUAUGAUCUUCUUCUUCUUCUCAUAACUUAUUUGGUCAUGUGCAGCAUGUCACUAGGGUUUCAUUGAGCCGUGUGUUCAUAUCCAUUGUGAAAUAUGAAGGGUUUAUGGCACUUUACAGGGGAUGCCUCCCCAGAAUGCUCAUCCAUGCAUCUGCAACAGCCAUCUGUUGGUCCACUUACGAGGCGGCCAAAUCUUUCUUUCAGGACCUCAACGGCGAUUCAAUAAAGGCCUGAUAAAGAUCAAACAGAUGAGACAGCGAAUCAAUAUAACAACUACCAAGUCUUUAAGCUUUGUUUAUCUUGAUUUG